UGGGAACUUGGAAAACGAGCUCCACCUGGAAAAAAAAUCAUUUUGAACGUUCAUCCAACUCAGAAUUUCCACUCGGGCCUCUUUCUAGAGCUCCGACUUUCCGACCUGAAGGUAACUGACUUCAUGAUUUGACCUCGUAUUUUUUUAUUAGUUCUCAUAAACCCCCUACGAAAAGUCCAAUUUGACAAAAUCUUUAUCCCUUCUUGACAAAAUCCACACACGCUUCCGUGACGCUAAUGUUGGGCCCGGGUUCUCCCAGGCUGCCGGCUUGGUGUAGGAUCAGAUAGAGCCAAGUAGUGGAAUAGUGGUGCGUUUUUUUGGAUGUAGGGUUAGUUAGUAGGGCAGUUUUUCUUCCCUAUUCACCGUCCUUUUCCCUUCCAUUUUUGUCUCAAAUUGCAAUGAAUUCACAUUCCAGAAGUAGGCAGAAACGCAGGGCCCAGAUAAGAGAAAUGGAUUAAUAACCUCGAUUAAUAGGGAAGGCCUCACACUCCAGUACAGAAGGUGGCGCUAUAUGCACCUUACAGUAAAUUGUGAUCUGCCACACUCAUUUGAAGAAGAUUUCUUGGGAGAACGCUUUCUCGCUAGAAUAACAAAGACCAACUUCGUGAAAUGGACUAAACAGGCCAAUUGACGCUUUACCAGGACAAAGCACUCUUUCCUGACUGGUGUGGAGAUUUUCUUUUCAGUCAAGCUCAGAAAUGGACAAUACAUCUUCUUCAACCAGAGAAGUGGAGAGUGUAUUUCUCAACAAACACAUGCUUGGAUAUGAUUCUGAAGAUUCAAUCAGCAACAUAGAAAUAAAAGAAUAUGAAUAUGUUCCAGGAACAGAAAGUGACAGUGAGAGCAGCUUAGAGGACUUCACUGCAUUAAAGGACAAAUGCACCACUAAAGCAAGAUCUGCACCUAAAGAUGGCCAACUUGACAAAGACUUGCUUGGUUAUGAUUCUGAAGACUCAAUCAGCAGCAUAGAAAUAACAGAAUAUGAAUAUGUGCCAGAAUAUGAAUAUGUGCCAGGAACAGAAAGUGACAGUGAGAGCAGCUUAGAGGACUUUACUGCAUUGAAGGACAAAUGCCCUACUAAAGCAAGAUUGGAACCUAAAGAUGGCCAACUUGACAAAGACAGGAUUGGAUAUAAUUCUGAAGAUUCAAUCAGCAGCACAGAAAUAACACGAGAUGAAUGUGUGUCAAGAACAGAAAGUGAAAGUGAGAGCAGCUUGGAGCACUGCACUGUAUUGAAGAACAAAGGCCCCACCAAAGCAAGAUCUGCUCCUAAAGAUGGUCCAAAAAAGACUUAUAAGAGACAUAGAAAUACAGAAUCUGACACCUCUGUGCAAGAAUCGACAAGUUCACUUGAAGUCAUGCACGUUACAAAGACUAAAGAUGGAUCAAGAAGAUACACCAAAAAACAUUACUGUCUCUUUUGUGAGAAACCACAAUCAAAAAUUGCCCGGCAUCUGGAAAUGAUUCAUAAAAGUGAAGCUGAAGUCGCAAAGGCCCUUUCUUUCCCAAAGAACUCCAAGGACAGAAAGCUCCAACUGACUAUACUGAGGAAACGAGGGGACAGAGCACACAACAUGCAAGUCAUAAGAGAAGGCAAAGGUGUUAUAGUUCCUUGUAAACAAACCAGUUCCCCAAAUGGAAAUCCAAAAGACUUCUUGCACUGUGCAAAUUGCCAAGGACUCUUUAAAAGAAAAUUCCUAUGGAAACACAUGAAACGGUGCCCACUGAGUGGUGUACGGCUGAAACCUGGUAAAACACGAGUGCAGGCUAUUUGUGCCCAUGCACAACCUGUGCCAGAUGGGAUAAGCAAGGGACUGUGGAAACUCGUCAAUGAUAUGACACAAGAUGAGGUGGUAGAUGUCAUAAAGAGAGACAAAUGUAUCAUCCAGUUCGGGGAGCAACAUUACAACAUCAUGGGACACAGACGUGCCAAUCAUGAAUUGAUACGGCAGAAAAUGCGCGAGCUGGGGAGACUGGUUUUGAAAGGGAAGCAUGUAUCACCUCUCACGAGAUUGGAGGAAUACAUUGAUCCAGCUAACUUCCUCCACACAAUCAGUGCAGUGAAAGCUGUUUGUGGCUUUGACAGUGAUAAGAAUACACUAAAGACACCUUCACUAGCCUUAAAACUUGGCCAUAACCUUCAGAAGGUUGCAGACAUAGUUAGUUGUGAGGCUAGGGUCUCCGGUAACAAGAAAAAGGCUCAGAAGGUAGAGGACUUCAAACAUAUCUAUAAGACAUGCUGGAGAGAGUACAUCUCGUGUCAUGCUCACAAAACAUUUGAAGAAAAUAAGUUCAAUGCUCCACUGAUCUUGACAUUUGCUGAAGAUGUCAAGAAACUGCACAUCCACCUUCAAGAAAAACAGAAAACAUGCUACAGCCAACUUUCCAAAGAACCUAACAGGAAGACGUGGGCACAGCUGGCUAAAGUCACUCUGUCACAAAUGACGGUCUUUAACCGAAAAAGACUAGGGAAUGCCUCCCUGAUGACAGUGGCCUCAUUCGUGUCUCGAGACAAAACUGCUUUACAUGACGAUUAUGGGAACUCCCUUUCAGAUGUUGAACGGGCGCUAUGCCAACAUUUUAGUCGCAUAGAAAUAUGUGGAAAGCGAUCAAGAAAAGUCACAGUGCUUCUAUCCCCUACAAUGAUCAAAUCAAUGGAGCUGCUUGCAGAGAAGCGUGAACAUUGCAGCGUUCUGAAGGAGAACAUCUAUAUGUUCGCCAUUCCAGGCUGUCCAACAUCAUUCAGCGGAUCAGACUGCCUGCGUCUCUUUGCCAAGAAGUGUGGGGCUAAAUGUCCAGAAUCCCUCUCGUCCACCAAGUUGCGUAAACACAUCACCAUGAUGUCUACUGUACUCAACUUAAAUGACACCGACAUGGACCUGCUAGCCGAUUUCCUGGGACAUGAUCUACAGAUGGACAAAAAAUAUUACAGGUUACCUGAGGGAACACUUCAGCUGGCAAAAAUCACCAAAGUCCUCAUGGCGAUGGAGCAGGGAAGGCUAAACGAAUUCAAGGGGAAAGGUCUUGACCAGAUCCACAUCAGUCCAGUGGAGUGUGUUGAGCUGGAUGAAGAGAGUGAUACAGACUUUACUGAAGAAACUCCUGGAAGGUCAUGUGAGCCACAAGAGAGGACACGGGAGGCCAUGGCAGGAAGAUCAGGUUCUAAGAAGAGGAAGUGGAGUGAGGAGGACAAAGGGACAGUGGAAGAAACAUAUAUUCAAUUCAUGGACUCUGGAGCUACUCCAGGGAAUGCAGACUCUUGCAUGCAUCAAGGCAGUGCCACAAGCCCUCAGAGAGCAGGACUGGCGGGCAGUGAAGUAUUAUGUCAAGAACAGAAUUACAGCACAUGUGAGCAGGAGUACCAAUAAAUGUUGUAGUCUGUCUGGCCCUCUGUCUGCUUGUCUUUCUGCCUCUGUCUGUUCCUCUACCUGCAUAUCUGUCUGCUGCGUGUCUCUGUCCCUUUGCCUGCUUGUCUGUCCCUCUGCCUGCCUGCCUGCCUGCCUGUCUGUCAGUCUGUGCCUCUGCCUGUCUGAAAUGCAGUGCCUCCAGAUUCCCUAGUUGUAAUCAAGACGAUAUUAUGUACAAUGUUUAGUAUUCACACAAUUACCCCAAUAAUGUAAAAGUUAAUUUGCAGUUUGUUUAUCAGAUUUUUUAUUUUUUUUUGAACGGGUAUUUAGUCCUAGGCAGUGUUGUGAUUAGUUAUAAGAACAUGUAACAAAAGUAAUGUUACAAUAUUACUUUGCAUAGAAAGUAACGUUAUAUUACUUUGUUACUUUCAUGAACAGUCUGACCUCACUGUUUGACUGUCAGAUGGAGUGAGGCAAGCCAUGCGUGCUCUACCAAAGAUACUACUAAUAAUAUCUAAUUCGUUAAAAAAAUCAAACAUCUUGGUCAUUACUUUUUCUUCCUAAAUGGUGUAGACUGGUGUAUUUGUCUGAAUUUUGCAGUAAAGAUUAUACAAGAGUAUAGACUACACCCAUAGCCUGGCCCCUUUGCGACAUAAAACAUUUUAUGCACUCGUGAAAUGUUGGCCAAGAACCGUUGUACAAAUAAACAUGAUGGCUUUCUUUUAAACUUA